UCCGGCCCCUGCACUCCGGAUUAUUUAACAAAAAUAAAACAAAACCCCAAGUUUUGACAAUGGCAAACACAUAUACUCCGUUUGAAAUUUUUAUGUUGCCCCGACUGUAACAAAUGUUCAAACAUUAGCGAUGGCGAGUAGACGAAUUUCGAAUUGAACACGAAACCAGCGCAAAGUUUUACGAAUACGUCACAAUUAAUACGUAAUAUGACCCGCAUUUUUUUUCUCGUUUCGUCGUUACGUGUUUCAUGUCAAAUAUAUACUGUAUGUUUCGACAUUGUGUGCCGUUCUAACUGUUGGGGAAUUCAUCACAAGUUUGUGUUGAUGCUGUGCUGAUUAUGUGAAAUGGCGAAAAGCUAUGGAGAACUUGUCAAGGAGGCAAUUUUUCUCCUUGACAAGUUCACUGCAGGGAGAAUGAGUUUGGAUGACUUUAUGGAAGAGGCAGCUAAGGAUCUCCAGGACAUGGAACCCGAUUCUAUGAAAUACAUUCUUGAUCUCGUCUCCGGAUGCAUCGAGUACAAGAAGUUACUGGACAUAGUCAUCAAUCCUUUCUUUGGCCAGGGUGGCAAACUUAUAUCCAAACGUUAUCACAACCACUUUGUUGUCAUCUGUUAUCUCACCAUAUUCCACUUUGAUGACCUUGGACUUAAGGCUUUCAGCAACAUUGUCAGAUCUCUGGAUAUUAAAAGCAUGCACAACUUCCUGAGUUUCUUCUUUAUGAACCUCACCACUUGGAUUCAAGAUGAGUGGAAUCGUGUCUAUGAUGUUGCUUAUGUGAAAGACCACUGGAUUGACCCUCUGCUCAGGAAGCGCUCUGAGAUUGAGUCCCUCAUGGGGAAGCUUGCUGCCAAAGUGUCUGAAGGGAUGCGGUUACGGAAAGCUCCACCCAAAACUACCGACCUUAUGGAGUUCUCCUUUGUCAAACAAAAACCAUCAUCUUCACGUCAGCCUCAACUCAGCCCUCUGCCGGACAAACACAAACAAAUACCCAGCAGCACUUACAGGACUCCCAAAUUGAUCCAGAUCUUAGAAGAAAUAAAGCAAAGGAACCAUCAAAUGGCUGAGGAGCUGCUGCAUGAGGUUAAUACAAAACAGUUUGGAUUUGCAAGGCCGAGAAAAACUGAAUGCACACAGCGACUGAUGUACCAGUUAACAGAAGGUUUGGACUCAACACUGCGAUUCGACUCUUUUCAUACAAAGCCACCUCCCCCUCCCAUUCCUCAGGACGCCCACCCUGUCAAACUCAAUACGGCAGCGAUGCUGAGGCGGCGAGUGCUACACGACCGUCACGUGGAGGAUAAGCUGCAGAGAAUAGAGAAUCUGGUGGAAGGGGCAAAUGAGCCUUCAGUUUUUCUACAGAAGGAGAGGGAAAUGCGAGAGAAAGACCAUCAGGAGACAUUGGCAAAGAUCGAGCAGAAGCACGCCAGUGUCAUUCUUAGCCAUUGGGAGGCCGUUUUGGCCCGCGCUCAAACAUUAGAACGUAACAAGAAGGCUGCUCGAGUCAAAAGAGAUGAGACAGUUAAGCGGACUCAGCAAAAUGCCCAGAAAAGGCUGGAAGAAGAAAAAGAAAAGAAAGACUUAGUGCAACAAGUGGCAGAGAGUCACAGCAACUCACAAAGAGCUACAGAGAGGGUGAAGAAAUCCAAGCAGAGUUCUGUCAAAGAUUUUGUAGCGCACAAUCAAGAGAUUGUUCGCCAAGCACAAGAGGAAGCAAAGGUAGCGCUUACCAAGAAGUUGGAAAUCAUCAGUGAAAUCCACGCCAUGGAAUGCUUCCCUCACGUUCGUUGCAACAUGUUUGAUAACACAGAGAUUGCAGGUCAUGAGCUGCUGGCUGAGAUGUCUCACGCCGAGCUGAAGGAGCGUCUCUUCCUCAUGAAAGAAGCAGCGGUGAUUGAGCAGCAGAAGAAACGAGACUACAUCCAGAGGGAGAAGCAGAAGAAGAAGAAAGUACUGUUGGAGGACAUGGAGAAUAUCAACCUCCACAGCAGAGCCAUGGCAAUGGCCACUUUGCUCAGGAAAGAAGAAGAAAAGAAAGCCGAGCUGGAAUUGCAGAAGACGGUAGUACAGAACAAAAAGGUUUUGGCUUUGCAAAAGAAGAUUGAAGAGGUGAAGAAGGACUAUCAAAAACUGAAGAGAAAUGACAGCAACAAGGCCAAACCAUCCAAGCAGGCAGCUACACACCCCGAUGGAAUAAUACAGACUCACAGCAAAGAUGGAUUGAAGAAAAUCAAUUGGGAGGACAUGGAGCAGUGCUUAGAGCAGCACAUCCAGAGGAAAGAAGCUCAUAUUAAUUGUCAGAGAGGAGGUUCCUCAAGAAAUGUAUUCAACUGAAUUUUAUAUGUAUAGAACACAGGUGUCAAACUCAAGGGCCAUUGGCCAGAUGUGGCCCACCACAUCAUUUUGAGUGGCCCGCGAAAGCAAAUCAAAAAUGACAACUUCCAUGAUGCUUGCUAUGAUCUGUACCAAAAGUUCACAUUUUCAUAUGCAAAUUUUCAUGCAAUAAAUCAGUGACAUAUUGUUCGCAUUUUUUUUUGUUACCAAAUCUCUCAUAAUGGUUACUUAAACAAUCGUUGAAUCAAACAUUAUUCUUGACUUCUUUACAUAGUUUCAGUAUUCACGGCCCUCCAAGAGAAUUAGUAAUUAUAAUGUGGCCCACGACAAAAAUGAGUUUGACGCCCCAGGUAUAGAGCCUUAUCACACUAGUUACUGCAUAAGAAGCCACUUAAAAAAGAAAAUAAAAUGUUUCUGACUGUUUCUACUGUUCAAGUUAUCAAUUUUCAAGUGUUUAUUACUGUGCUAAUGUGUGACACAUUAAACGCAUAGUAAAAUACUUUACGUAAGGUAAAUUCCUACCAAAUUUCUAUCUUAAAGGUUUUCUCUAGCUGUAAAAUUCAUUCAGCAAAAUUAUACAAAGUCAUCUCAUAUUGUCUUCUGCGUUGACUCUAUAGAUGAGCUAUACUUUUCUAAAUUGAACUAUUGAAAUAU